CACGAUCCACUCGAUAACGGUGAAAACAAAAUGUCUACUUCUGGCCGACGGCUGCAGCGAGACAGUUUUUCGUGUUCACGGUGUUAACAUUCAGUGGCAGGCUCGUGCGUAAUUUUCACGCGUCGUACGGCGAAUUUUCCGAACGGGCAGAUGGUGUGAACAACAGUACACCCCGUACCGUAUGUGUUGUGAGUGUGUGACCUUCUGAAGCUUGCCAGGCAAAGCCGGUUCGAACCGUUUUGUUGGGGCGACAUCCAGAAGCCGCGAACUCGCAGCUACGCGCUCACACGUGUAGAAGCGUUUGCGCGCCUGCCCGCGUGUGUGUAUGUGUGCGUAGUAAUAAUGGAAAAAUAUUUGGUGCAGUCGAGGAAGCAGAAAACCGGCACCACCAUCACCGCUACCAUCCCUGCAACAUCCAGCACCAGCCAAAGGCAACAGCAUUACUGAGGGCCCCCACCCCGAUUUCCACAGGUCGCGGGGAUUCUUGGCAAAGCAUUUUCCGGAACCGUGUCCGGAUGGUCGAUUGUUUUGGCAAGUGGCAAUUCCAGUAACAAGUGUGUGUGUGUGUGUACAUGUGUAGCUCCAUGUGUGUCUCCAUCAAAGUUGGCCACAGUGGUGUCUCCGUUCGGGAUGUACCUGUGCAACGGGAUGAGCAUUUAAGGAAGUGCAUCUAAGAAAUCUCAGAACCACCCCUAACCGGAAGCAAGUGUCUGGAGUGUUUCUUUCGUUCGGUUGCGAUUGAUUGUGAUGUGAUGUGGUGUUCUGGGGGUUAGUAGCAAGUGUCCGCAAGAGAAGCAAUCAAAAGAAACCCGGAAGCGGCAGAACGAGUGCAGUGUCCAGAAAAGUAGCUGUGCGUGUGUAUGCAUUGGUUCCUUACCGGAAGGAUACAACAACAUCGCCAGAGUAGUAAAGCUCGUGGAAUAGCAUUAAAAAAAGGGAGUAGGAACAGCAGCAAGAAACGGAAAUUAUUACUACAAUGUCGGCCACGAUGCGAACCACACUGCAGACGGUGCCGGAGUCGCUGCCGGCCGAUCACAUCACCAACAGUGGCGCCCCGGUGCAGUGUGCCGCCCAGAUGGAACCGAAAUCGCACUCGCACAGCAACUCGGCCGGCAACAAAUCGAUCCGCUCGUCCACCAGCCGGUUGUGAGCGAAUGUAGGAGCAUAACCAUUGCAGCUAUCCGACGACGACGACGAACACAAAGCUGAGAACGUUUGCCACACGCUUGUCGAGAAGAUACGAAAAGGAGAAUAUCUUCUGCGUGGCUGUAUACGUGUGUGUGUGUGUGUGUGAUUGCAAUCAAUGAGUCAGCUACAACUGUGUCUGACGGGCUUGCUGACUGACUAACAGACGCGGCUGGCUAGUUGACUGGCAGUCCCCUGUAUAUGUGUGGUAGUAACCCCUGAUGUUCCCUGCUAACAGCUGAACUGAUAAGAAAGCUGAUUCGCGGGACUCUUUCGUCGCAUUCGGAAGUGAAGCGGAGCAGCAGUUGUGAAUUGGUGCCGUUGUUCGGCACUCGCUGCAGCUUUCCGUUUCGCGCAUCCGGCCAAACGGAGCAACCUGCAGUUGUAGAGUGUGUAUCGUCUUCCUUUCCGGCAGAGGGUAGAUUGUGCG